AUGGGAAUAUCUCUUCUAACAUUUUCAGUUGAUUCACAUCAACGAAAAGAUCUCGUUGGUAUACAAAGUAAGAUCGUAAGGAUUUUCUUCCAGAAUUCAUAUACAAAUUCUUUGAGAAAUGAUACCAAAGUUAUUUGUUGUAUCGUAGAUAUUUGUUGCGAAGACAGAUCUUGUUUUGAAAUU